GCAACAUUAAUUUCGCGCCAGUCCAUACCUUCCCGCCAUAAGCGGUUGACGCGUCGUUUUUUAAAUGCGUGCUGUUUUACGCAAAAUUAAUAUUUGAUUUUCAUCGUUUUAAAUAUGCAUAUAAUGUGAUCAGAAUUAGAUAGAAUAAUAAAAUCCCUGUGAUAUUGUGAAGAACAUUAAAGUGUAUUUAGAAAAAUGUCGGAAGAAAAGAAGGAUUCAACACCAUUUAUUAAGAAUGGCAACACAGCUAUUAUUACGAAGACCGCAAUGCCCGAGAAGCCUCAGAAGCCUAGUAAAGCUGGCAGAGGGAAGGCCUUCAAGCAAGUGUUGGCUUCCUUCAUAGCCAACAUCGGUACUGUCAACACGGGUAUGGCUUUCGGCUUCUCCGCCACCGCGCUGCCUCAGCUGAAGAGUCCUGAUUCUUUUAUACAUAUAAAUGAAAAUCAGGCCAGUUGGAUAGCUAGUCUAAGCGCGGCGGGCACCCCUGUAGGCUGUAUCUUGAGCGGUUACCUGAUGGAUUCCAUCGGGAGACGUCGCACGCUCAUCGUCACCGAAAUACCGCUCAUCCUUGGCUGGAUACUAAUCGCCGCAGCACAGAAUGUUCCUAUGAUUUAUAUUGGAAGAUUCCUUAUUGGUUUCGGAUCUGGUAUGGUGGGUGCGCCUGCGCGAGUUUACACGUGCGAGGUAUCGCAGCCUCAUCUCCGCGGCAUGUUGGGGGCGCUGGCGUCGGUGGGCGUUUCUACGGGGGUGCUCAUACAGUACGUGAUAGGCAGUGUGACAACAUGGAACAUACUUGCGGGAGUGAGCGCUGUGAUUCCUAUCAUAUCCUUGCUGGGAAUGCUACUAGUGCCGGAGACGCCAAACUUCUUGCUACAACAGGACAAGCGGGAACGCGCUGAGAGUUCACUCGCCAAAUUGCGAGGGUCUACCUGCGAUCUGGAUGAAGAAAUACAACGGAUGAUAGCUUUCAAAGAGAAGAAUCAUGUUGAACCAUUAAAAACCCCCAAAGAAAUAUUAAAAGCGUUAAUGUCACCAUCAGCUUUGAAGCCAUUUACCAUUUUAGCUGUUUAUUUCUUCAUCUACCAGUGGUGUGGUGUUAAUACUAUCACAUUUUACGCUGUAGAAGUAUUUGAGGCAUCCGGAGCUGCUUUAGAUAAAUACUGGUUGACGAUAUCUAUGGGUAUUCUACGAGUCAUCUUCACAGUAGUUGGAUGUAUUCUGUGCAGAAAAUGUGGCAGACGGAUGCUUACGUUUGUCUCAGCAAUCGGUUGCGGUUCUACGAUGGUAGUGUUGUCAGUGUACAUGUACCACGUUCAGUACUGGAAAGACAAUAACCUUCCGCCAGUGCACUCCUGGAUACCUGUCGCCAGUAUUUAUGUGUUCAUGAUCUCCUGUACGCUGGGCUAUCUCAUCGUGCCCUGGGUUAUGAUCGGAGAAGUCUAUCCUACGCAGGUCCGUGGUAUAGUGGGUGGGAUGACGACGUGUGCGGCACAUCUGUCCGUGUUCUCUGUUGUGAAGACUUUCCCCUUCCUCAAGGCCUCGCUCAAUGACUACGGCGCAUUCGGACUCUAUGGCGCUAUGUCGUUAGGAGGUAUAGUAUUCUUCUACUUUUUCCUACCGGAGACAAAAGGGAAGACUUUACAGGAGAUAGAAGAUUACUUCUGCGGGAGAACAAAGACGUUAAAGAAGAACAACACGCAGACAGCGCUACCUUGAGCGAUGGGAAAAGAAGAAUUGUGAUAUGUAGAUAAGUUUUGACUCAAAAGUACAAUUUUGAUAUAAAAUGUAUACAGGCUGUCCUCACGGCGAUGUAUACAAUUUAG